ACACGCGUAGCUGUUGUUGGAACGAGACAAACCAACAGUCAACAAUGAGUCAAAAAAUUAUAGCCGAAUGUGUUGCUACAUUACAAUAUGGAAAAACCUUGGGGUUUCAAAUGGCUUCAAAGGAAUGUUUACAUGCGUGGGAACAGUUGAAGAUUUUAGUGCCACAAGAAAGUAUUCAAUGGCGGUAUACAAAAGAUUCAAAAUUCACAUUACAUGACGUUUCACAAAUACGCGAAGCUCUUGAGCUCUCGUGUAUGUUUCACAUUCAGUUGAAGAAUUUGAACGAGUACGAAAUUUCCUGGUAUUUAUUGGAACCCUUUUAUAUUAAUUAUCCUUCUCUUUCUUCAAAUGUCGUUAAAGCGAGUUUGUAUGCCUUUCAACUUCUUAAACUUCUUGUGGAUAGAGAAGAUACAGGAGAUUUUCAUAUGUUACUUCAACGCUUGUCGUUAGAAGACCUGAAAAAUUCUGAUAUUGUUUUUGUAGUUAAUUUGAAACAGUUAUUAAUGUCUGGAAAUUAUAGAAAAGCUUUAGAAAUCAUCAGUAAGCCUCCUGACGAGAAAUUCGUUCACUUAUGUCAAUUAUUAAUCGAUUCCAUACGGAAGUCGGUAGCCGAUUGCUUAACAAAUUCAUUAACAGAAAUUCCCUCAAGUGAAGCGAAAUCAUUACUUAAUUUGGACUCGGACAAUAAACUCAAUAUGUUUAUUAUAAAAACCAAUGAUCGUUAUAGAAGAGAAAAUUUCAUUUGCAGUUCAAUGGAGACGCCUAGCAAAAGUUUUCUUUGUCAUGCAGAAGACAUGGGCACCUCACCUUAUUUUCGAUGGGAACGGUGUGGAGAUAACAUUAAGUUUGUAGCUGUGAAUGAUACUAAAAAAAAAUGUAUUCCUAUUGAUCAAGUUCUUGAAUAUGUUACGGGUUACAUUCGUGAAUUAGAGCGUAUUGUAUAAAUGUUAAAAUAAUGAAAAACUAUGGAUACAUUGAAUUCAUUUGUACAGACAUUUUUUUUUUGUACUAUAUCACUACACAGUGACUCAAAAAGACACUUGUGACGCAUUAAACAAAGAAAUGUCCCAGAACAGUCAGAAAAUAGAAUGGUACAGUAGAUUA